AUGGCUAACCAGCAAGCAGAGGAUCAAAACAAUGCCUCUAGCCACAACUCAUCUGUAAGCAGAAUCGUAGUAGGACUUGACGGCAGCCCACCAUUGGAUCCCAGCCUUCCAUUGGAUCCCAGCCUUCCAUUGGAUCCCAGCCCACCAUUGGAUCCCAGCCUUCCAUUGGAUCCCAGCCCACCAUUGGAUCCCAGCCCACCAUUGGAUCCCAGCCCACCAUUGGAUCCCAGCUUUCCAUUGGAUCCCAGCCCACCAUUGGAUCCCAGCCUUCCAUUGGAUCCCAGCCUUCCAUUGGAUCCCAGCCUUCCAUUGGAUCCCAGCCUUCCAUUGGAUCCCAGCCCACCAUUGGAUCCCAGCCCACCAUUGGAUCCCAGCCCUCCAUUGGAUCCCAGCCUUCCAUUGGAUCCCAGUCCUCCAUUGGAUCCCAACCCAUCGAUGGCGGAACAUUGUUUCAAACCCAGCACGUCUAGAAAAACUCACCACUGCCGUGACUGUGGUGAAAUGUUUGCUCUGAAAGCUGACCUGAAGAGUCAUGUGACUCUCUACUUCUGCAGAAAACGAUACAACUCCACCUGUAAGCUGAAGGCCCAUGUCCGCUUCUGUCAAAGUGGAAAACUCUGCACCUGUUCUAUUUAUGGCAAGACUUUCAAACUCAAAGGAGAUCUGUCCAAGCACAUGAGGAUUCACACAGGGGAGAAAUAA